CUCAUGCCUGCACAGGCCUACUGCAAAAGUGCCACCACAUUUGGUGGUGCGCGUCUGAUGCGCAGGUCCUUUCCCAAGUGCUGCAAAUACUGGUGCAAUCCAACUUUGCUAUCUAAUUGCGGAUCAAGCGGCAGCGCCAUCUGCAUUCGCUUCAGCAGUCCCCGGAAAGUAGGAAUCUUUCAUCAGCCUGUGGGCCUAAGGUUUCAUUCGGUGCGCCUCAUAUCCACCCAGCAAAAUGCGGCCAGGUUUCGCAGGGACGGAAUCAAAGGUUUCGCCUCAACCAUCAGUCAGCAGCUUGAUCGUACAGAGGAGGAAGCAGUUGCUUUAGGACAGAAGUCGACAACCAGCCAAGUGCUGGAGCCUGAUGGUGUGUUUGCUCGCGCCACUAAAGCAAGCUCAAAAGUUUGCGCCAGUUGCGUUCACUCCAAACAUAUUGUCGACUUUGAGAAGAGGCGCGGCUCCGACUUGCGGAGUGACCUGUGCCGCGCGUGCCUAGCGGCUAUCCGAGCAGAGCGCGUUGGCGUUGAUAUGCACCACCUAUCAUUGAACGUCGAGGAGUCUUGGGAGCGGGCCAAGAGCUGCGCUCGUUGUGGGAUCCUGAAGGAGCUGCGUGACUUUGGGCGGAACAUCAGGAAGGCCGAGGGCAUCGAAAUCUACUGCCGGGCUUGCAAGUGCCAGAUGGAGCGUCAGCAGCCGGACCGAUUGCCGGCACCGGAGAGCACCCCCCUGCCGUGCAACCGCUGUGGGGAAACAAAGCCGGGGGCCGAGUUUGCGCUGGACAAGAAGCGCCUCCGCGGCCGUGCUGUGAUCUGCAAGCAGUGCUUCUCGGAGAGGCGCCGACAGCUGUACCGGCGGCACAGGGAUGCGGAGGUCCUCGCCCGGACGCAACCCAAGCACUGCAUCGAGUGUGGGGAGGAGAAAGCGGUGGCCGAGUUUCACAGGAACAGGGCCGCAGUGGACGGGUUGCAGGACAAGUGCAAGGCGUGCUGCAACGCGUAUAACACGCGGCGGCGGGCGGGGCAGAAGGCGCGGCGGGAGAACGGGGCUGUUCGGGACUCUGAGACGAUAAGAGACUUGUGCCAUACUACCUCUGCGCUCGCUACACACCCCUGGGAGCUCCCACCUGUGCUUGCCUACCCCGUGCGCACGAGCGCGCGCGCGCGCUUCUCAAAGGUGGACGUGUGCGCAGUCGAGGGGCCUUGCUGA